GAGCAUAAACUUUUCAAUUACAAUUUCAGUGCAUACCGCAUAGCAAUUAGCCAGCUUAGCUAGGGCUGUGUAGUAGAGAAGAAAUCGGAGGAUGUGGAGGCUGAAGGUGGGAGAAGGAGGGGACAGCCCUUACAUCUACAGCACAAACAACUACGCCGGGAGGCAGACAUGGGAGUUCGACCCUGACGCCGGCACCCCUGAGGAGCGCGCUCAGGUUGAAGAAGCUCGCCUUCAUUUCUGGAACAACCGCUUCCAUGUCAAGCCCUGCUCCGAUCUCCUCUGGCGCAUGCAGUAUUUGAGAGAGAAAAAUUUCAAGCAAACAAUACCGCAAGAGAAGGUGGAAGAGGGAGAAGAGAUAAGCUAUGAGAAAGCGACGGUGGCAUUGAGGAGGGCAGUCCAUUUCUUUUCCGCCUUGCAGUCCCCCGACGGCCACUGGCCUGCCGAAAUUGCUGGCCCUUUGUUCUUCCUCCCUCCCCUCGUGAUGUGCGUGUACAUUACGGGCCAUCUUGAUUCUAUAUUCCCAGCAGAACAUCGCAAGGAAAUUCUGCGCUACAUUUACUGUCAUCAGAACGAGGAUGGGGGAUGGGGACUGCACAUAGAGGGGCACAGCACCAUGUUCUGCACAGCCCUCAGCUAUAUUUGCAUGCGCAUUCUCGGCGAAGGACCCAGCGGCGGCAAAGACAAUGCCUGCGCCAGAGCUCGUAAAUGGAUUCACGACCGUGGCGGUGUCACCGCCAUUCCCUCCUGGGGCAAGACAUGGCUUUCAAUACUGGGUGUAUUUGAGUGGACAGGCAGCAACCCAAUGCCUCCAGAGUUCUGGAUGUUCCCUUCUUUUCUUCCAAUGCAUCCAGCAAAAAUGUGGUGCUACUGUAGGAUGGUUUACAUGCCAAUGUCAUAUUUGUAUGGGAAAAGGUUCGUAGGCCCCAUCACCCCUCUCAUUCUCCAGUUGAGAGAAGAACUCCACACUCAACCUUACCACGAAAUCAACUGGAAGAAAGUGCGCCAUGUCUGCGCCCAGGAGGAUAUAUACUAUCCCCAUCCUUUAAUUCAAGACUUGCUGUGGGAUGGUCUGUACAUAUUAACAGAGCCUCUGCUGACCCGGUGGCCCUUUAACAAGUUGAGGGAGAAGGCACUUCAAACCACAAUGAACUACAUUCAUUACGAAGAUGAGAACAGUCGUUACAUUACGAUCGGAUGCGUUGAGAAGGUGUUGUGCAUGCUGGCUUGUUGGGUUGAAGACCCUGAUGGGGAUUAUUUCAAGAAGCACCUUGCUAGGAUCCCUGAUUAUAUAUGGGUUGCAGAGGAUGGAAUGAAGAUGCAGAGCUUUGGUAGUCAGGAGUGGGAUACUGGUUUUGCCAUUCAAGCUUUGCUGGCCAGUAAUCUCACCGACGAAAUUGGACUGACGCUCAAGAAAGGACAUGAAUUCAUAAAGAAUUCUCAGGUUAAGGACAAUCCCUCUGGUGACUUCAAAAAGAUGUUCCGCCACAUCUCUAAAGGAUCAUGGACUUUCUCCGACCAAGAUCACGGCUGGCAAGUGUCUGAUUGCACUGCAGAGGGACUGAAGUGUUGUCUUCUUUUUUCAGUGAUGCCACCUGAAAUUGUCGGCGAGCAAAUGGAACCUGAGCGACUGUAUGAUUCGGUUAACGUCUUGCUUUCCCUGCAGAGUGAAAAUGGUGGUCUAACAGCAUGGGAGCGUGCAGGAGCCCAGGAAUGGUUGGAGAUGCUCAAUCCUACAGAGUUUUUCGCAGACAUCGUUAUAGAACAUGAGUAUGUCGAGUGCACUGCCUCGGCAAUCCAGGCUCUACUUCUGUUCAAGAAAUUAUAUCCUGGACACAGGAAGAAGGAGAUCGAGAGCUUCAUCGCGAAUGCUGUAGGGUAUCUGGAAGAUGUACAAACGCCCGAUGGUUCUUGGUACGGAAAUUGGGGAGUAUGCUUCACAUAUGGUUCAUGGUUUGCACUGGGAGGGCUAGCGGCUGCAGGGAAGAACUAUUAUAAUUGUCCUGCUAUCCGUAGAGGUGUUGAUUUUCUGCUAAAAUCACAAAAGGACGAUGGCGGAUGGGGAGAGAGCUAUCUUUCAUGCCCAAGAAAGAUAUAUACGCCCCUAGAAGGAAACCGGUCAAAUCUGGUGCAUACUGCAUGGGCUAUGAUGGGUCUAAUUCAUGCUGGGCAGGUUGAAAGAGACCCAACACCUCUUCACCGUGCAGCCAAGCUUUUGAUCAACUCUCAAUUGGAAAAUGGCGACUUCCCUCAACAGGAAAUCACUGGUGUCUUCAUGAAGAAUUGCAUGUUACACUAUGCCGAAUACAGGAACAUUUAUCCUUUAUGGGCUCUUGCAGAAUACCGCAGGCGGGUUCCUCUGCCCUCCAAAAUUGUCUAAAACCAAAGUUGCUGCAUGAGCUUGCCCGAUACAAAAUGAACUCGUCUGUGAAUUGAUUUUGUUCUAUCUUUUACCACCGGAAGCAUUUCCUCUUCUGUCAACAAUCAAUUAAUGUCUAUGCAUGUAUAGAUGUUCAAGAAUCAUUAGGUGAUCAGAAAAAUGGACAGGCAAGGCUUUAAGGCACAUGCGAUUUCAGCAAUAAAAGAAUUGAGUACAUCCAUGAGAAAAUUUUCCAUGUUAGUUUACCAUCGCCUGUAUAUUGAAGAUGAUGACAAAAGCCUUUCUGUGUAGAAGACAUAUGGAUCUUCAGCUCUGGCAGUGCAGUGCACCAGAAAAGAUUGCCUAGCUCAUUAGCCAUUUUCGUACUUGUCAACAGACAUAUGUCGUUGUAGUAUGAUAUAAACAGUAUAUUCAGAUCUGAAUCAAAUAUCCUUACCGUCUAA